AUGGGAGAUAUGAAAUAUAUGUUGCUAUUAUUGGUUAUCUUGCUUGUUUUCGAAUCUGUAGAAUCGUUUGGCUGGGGAUACCCGAGAUACGGAUAUUACGGCGGAUAUAGGCCUUACGGUGGAUACAGAUCCUUUGGUGGAUAUGGACCUUAUGGUGGUGGAUGGUCUUCACCAUUUGGGAGAGGGAUGUUUGGUCGAGGAUUCGGUGCAAUUGGAUCGAUAUUUGGCAAAAAGAAAUAA